GGAGCUUUGGAGUAAAGGACGGACCGAAGUCUCUUAUGUUGAACAGCUGAUUGGCUGCUGCUUCCGUCCCUCUUUGUGAACUCCAGCGCGGAGGAAACCCUUAAAGAAUACGAGACUGUUCAAAAUGAACUUGUCGUACUUGGUGGCGUGUGGACUUAUGGUCACCCUGCUUUCAGUGAGGACGAGCGCAAAACCUUUAACACAAGCGCAGCAGAAGUCUCUUAGAAGUUUGCUGGGCGAGGAGCUGGCGGAGUUUCUGGAGUCGGAGGAGAGGGAGAGGAGGCUAGACGCGGUGCGCUCUCGGAUACGGUUACUGCGAGAUUUACGCAUGGACACCCGGGCCAGAGGAAUGUGGGCUCGUCUCCUUAAUGACCAACCUGCACCCAGGAAACACAAAUCCGGAAACAAGAAAGGGGGAACCACGUCGCGGAGUGGCUGCUUCGGACAUAAGAUGGACAGGAUAGGAACCAUCAGUGGGAUGGGGUGCUAGGGAUGGAGCAGCGCUGUGACGAUCUCUGGACAAUGGUUUUGGAAAACCACGUUCGUUUGCUCUCACCUGAGCAACAACAAAAGAAAGAAAAACUCACCAAGAGACAGAUUUUUGGUACGAGUCACCACGACCAGCAAAAACAAAGACUGACACGACAAUGCUACAACCCUUCAUAUAAAUAUGUAUGUAUAAUAAUAUGCAGGCAUAUAUGCAUAUCGACAUAUGUGUAUACCAUACAAGUGGUCAACAGACACACAUCACAGAUUCAUACCACGAGACGGCGGACAAAGGUGUAAAAACUACAAACCGCAAAGCUGUAUAUUGUUGCUGCUGCUGUACAUUCUUGUACUUCAUCUCUUCCUGCAUAAAUGUAUUUAUGUUUAAAAAAAACUAUUUAUAUGUUUAUAAAAAGAGAUAUUUAUAAAUAUGAGUUUUAUUUAUGUAACAUUUGGAAAAUGGAUGCAAACUGCAGGUCAAUUCUGUUUGUAACUUUUUUCUUUUGUCGCAAAUAGUUGUAAAUGUUUUCAAAAAUGAUAAAAAGAACAUUCCAUGUGCAAUUGCAUGAAGACUCUAAGGUUUUUAUGUUUCACUGACCGUGGUUUAUUCUAGUUAUUUCUGCAUGCUGGUUGAAAUAUUUAGAAUAAGUGGUGUUAUGUCGCUUAUCAGGACGCUAGAUAGGGCUGUGGAUUUCUUAGAUGAAACAGGAGUUGAGAUUUUCAGAAGGUUUGGGUAACAGCACACAGGGCCACAUCACCAACACUAGGGCUGCCAUCUUUAGUGCGUAAAGGAGAUAUAUAGUCAGGCUUGAUUAGGUAUUAUAGAGGUAAAUUAAGACAGUGCCACUUCUGAAGGUGGUGCAGAAGAAUGUUUCAAGCUUAUUUAGCUAACAGAAGAUAUCAUUUGGGCAAAGUCUAAGUUAAAAUGUAAUGAUUUGGUGCUCAUUUGAUGCAAAAAACCUAAGACUAUGUCCUUGAAUCACAGGUGGAAAAAGUACAUGACUAUUGUACUCAAGUAAAAGCAGUUACUCUGGUGAAAACUGGCCUCAGUAAAAGUACUGGUCUAUGAAUCUACUCAAGCAAAAGUAAAAAGUAUGAAAUUCAAAGUUUAAUGUAAGUAUUGAUUGGCUACUGAGGAGUCUGACAGUAAAAUAUUAACUUUCCUUAUUGCCAAGAAAAAAAAGGACCACCUAAAGUCACAGGUGGAAACUCAGUGGAUAACUUCACCCAUGGUGAAAAUGUGUCUCAAAUCAAAAACAAAAGAACCCAGCAGUUUAA